UCGGGGAUUUUCACCCCAAAUUUCCCCCUGCAGAGCCGCUGGUGCAGCAGGGCCUGGUGGCGUUCCCAGAAUGACCCAAAAUCCCCACAUUUCACCCCAAAUUCCCCAGAAAUGACCCAAAAUCCCCGGAUUUCACCCCAAAUCUCUGGAAUUUACCCAAAAUCCCCGGAUUUCACCCCAAUCUCCCCGCAGAGCCACUCGUGCAGCAGGGCCUGGUGGCGCGGGCGGCGGCGCUGCUGCGCUCCGAGCACGACGGGGCCCACGAGCACGGCCUGGGGACCCUCUGCAGGAGGAGCUGGAAUUCUGCGAGCGGCUGCUGCAGCUCUGCUUCGAGACCCCCCCCGAAGAAUCCACCAUGGACCGAUGACCCCAAAACCCCCCAAAAUUCCCCCAAAAAUCCCCUCCUGGCACCCCAAAAAAUCCCAAAAACCCCCAGGCACUGCGAGCCCCCCGAGCCGGGGGGGAAUAAACGCUCCGGGCCCGACCCUGGCUGAGUUUUGGGGCUAAAAAGGGGCUGGGGCCGCAAUCGGCGCCGUCAUUAAGGAAAAAAUGGGGGAAAAAAUCGAAAUUUCCGCAAAUUCAGCACCGGGAGCGCGGACAGCGCGGGGCGGGGCUAUGCUAAUGAGGAGGCGUGGUUAUUCUAAUACAAAUUGUGGGUGUGGCUAUGCUUAUUUGUGGAUGUGGUUAUGCUAAUGAGAUGUGCGCGUGGUUUUUGUCGGUAUCUCCCUGGCAACCGCGUCCGGGUGGGCGUGGCUUCCCCACCUCUCUCACUUCUCAUUGGCCCGCCGCCGUUUCCCGCCGCCGUUCUCGCUGCUGAUUGGUCAGCGGCGUUGCCGGGGCUCCGUGAGGGCUCCGUGAGGGAUCCGUGAGGGCUCGGCCAUGGCGGCGGCGCUGGAGGAGGCCGUGGGCACCGUGUGCUGGUGGGGGCUGUCCCCGGCCAUCGAUCUCCGCCUGCACCUGCCGCCGGGAGCGGAGGCCUCGGUGCUGCUGGUGGGGGCGGCCGAGGGCCGGCACCUGCUGAUGACGGCGGCCCGGGCCCGCCGGGGGCCCCCCCGCGACAUCACGCUCUUCGUGGCCGAGCAGAGCCCCGAGCCCGUGGCUCGCCAGCUGCUGUUCCUGCUGCUGGCGCUGGAGGCACCGGAGCGGCCCAGAGCCGCAGGCCGCGCGGCCGCGCUGCUGGAGCUGCUGGGCUCGGGCUCGCUGGGGCCGCGCACGGCGGCGCUGCUGCGGGGGGCGGCGGGGCGCCUGCGCCGCUGGCUGCGGCACCAACCGGACCGGGACCGGGAACCGGACCGGGACCCGGACCGGGACCCGAACGGGCCCGCCGACCUGCGCCUCAUGAAGUGCCGGGACCGGAACGCGCUCGAGGCCGUUCUGCAGCGCUGGGAGCGGGCGCUGCCGGGCCCGGGGCCGGUACCGGAGGCCGAACCGGGCCGGGAUUCGGUACCGGAGGCCGAGGCGGGGCCGGUACCGGGGCCCCCGGGCUGGGACCGGCGGCUGCGGCGGCGCCUCGGGGCCCGGUACGAGUCGCGGGCGGCGGUGGCGGACUGGGAGCUGCGGAUGGAGCUGCACCCGCGCGGGGUAACGGCACACCGGGGACACCGGGAGGGGACACCGGGGGGACAGCGGGGAUGUCCCG